GUCGACUUCGCGGUGGACUACUUCACCCGCCUGCGCGAGGCCCGCUCCCAAGCCUCCACCCCGCCCGCCGCCCCUCCUUCCGGCUCCCAGGGUCUAGAAGAGCCCGGCCCUGGCCUUGUCGCCGACGCGGUCGCGGACAGCGAGUCGGAGGACGACGAGGACUUGGACGUGCCAGUUCCUAGCAGAUUUGAUCGGCGAGUAUCAGUCUGUGCUGAGACCUAUAAUCCUGAUGAGGAAGAGGAAGAUACUGAUCCAAGGGUGAUUCAUCCUAAAACUGAUCAACAGAGAUGCAGACUUCAGGAAGCUUGCAAAGAUAUUCUUCUUUUCAAAAAUCUUGAUCAGGAACAACUUUCUCAAGUCCUUGAUGCUAUGUUUGAAAGAACAGUCAAAGCUGAUGAGCAUGUCAUUGACCAAGGAGAUGAUGGAGACAACUUUUAUGUCAUUGAACGGGGAACCUAUGAUAUUUUAGUAACGAAAGAUAAUCAAACCCGCUCUGUUGGUCAGUAUGACAACCAUGGCAGUUUUGGAGAACUAGCUCUGAUGUACAACACCCCGAGAGCUGCUACCAUUGUCGCCACUUCAGAAGGCUCCCUUUGGGGACUGGACCGUGUGACUUUUAGAAGAAUCAUAGUGAAAAACAAUGCAAAAAAGAGGAAGAUGUUUGAAUCAUUUAUUGAAUCUGUGCCACUCCUUAAAUCACUAGAGGUGUCAGAACGAAUGAAGAUCGUGGAUGUAAUAGGAGAGAAGAUCUAUAAGGAUGGAGAGCGCAUAAUCACUCAGGGUGAAAAGGCUGAUAGCUUUUACAUUAUAGCGUCCGGCGAAGUGAGCAUCUUGAUUAAAAGCAAGACUAAAGCAAACAAGGAUGGUGGGAACCAGGAGGUCGAGAUUGCCCGUUGCCAUAAGGGGCAGUACUUUGGAGAGCUUGCACUGGUCACCAACAAACCCAGAGCUGCUUCAGCUUAUGCAGUGGGAGAUGUCAAAUGCUUAGUUAUGGAUGUUCAAGCAUUUGAGAGGCUUCUGGGGCCCUGCAUGGACAUCAUGAAGAGGAACAUCUCUCACUACGAGGAACAGCUGGUGAAGAUGUUUGGCUCCAGCAUGGAUCUGAUCGAUCCCGGGCAGUAGGUAUGCCACACCCAGGAGCCUUCUCAGUGUGACACCAAAACCUUCCGGUCAGCCACAGAACACAAACAGAAAAUAGACACGACGGAACUGUUCCUGCUGUUGCCACCGCCGCUGCCAUUGCUAUGGCCGUGGGCAUUUAGAAAACUUGAAAGUCAGCACUAAAGGAUGGGUAGAGGUUCAACCCACACCUCCACUUUGCUUCUGAAAGCCCAUUAUUAGACCACUUGUAAUGAUUACCCCAACCCAGUUGUCACAUCUUUGGUUCAAAAUGGCAUGUCUCUCCAACAAUUUAAGUGCCUGAUACGAAGUCCAAAGUGUAAACAUCUUCCUUUUCUCUCUUGCUGCUACUGUUGCUUUUAGAAGUUACCACAGGUUGGCACAAACCUGUUGUAUAACUGUAGACACCUCCCCUCAACUUUUCUCAAGGGAGGACAUGUUGUAGCCUUCCAUCUCCUCAUUUGUCCUGUGAGAAGGUCCACAUUUGUUCACAAUUGUAGCCUUUGAUUUUCCUGUCAAAAAUGGUGGUCAAUGUGAUGGAAGUCUGUGACAUUGUACUGUCUGCUGACAGCGGCACACAUGGCAGCUGUCUCCAAACUCUCAGUGAUGCUUAGGGACCCGCCCUGCCCAGGACCCAGCAGGUCAGCACCCCAAAGCACACUAAUCAGCCAUCGGGACUCAUGGUAGAGCAGAAAAUUGGGUUUGUCACAUUCUUCAGGUAGCAGAGAGCCAGGGAAGUUUUCUGGGUUGGGGGAGUUUGUUUUGUUUUGUUUUAGUAGACUUUGUUUUGUUUUGUUUAAUCUCUGUGCAGUUUACAUGAGUGAAUUGCUGUCCAAUUGCAAGGAGCCAGGGUCUGGGAGUACCACCACCGUAUCUGACCCAAAUACUUUCCUGGGCAACUCCUGCCAUCUCUUGUUUCCAGUUGCGCCUACCGGUUAAUGGCAGUGUGCCAGCAAAGAGAGUGCUUUCCUUCUUCUCCAGAGUUGUUGCAUAGCUUUGCUGUUGAACCGUCAAUUUUUAAACUCUUUAAAGAAGAAGCAGCUAUUUUUUUGAAAAAAGAUUAUUUCUCUAUUUACAGAAGUCCCCUUGGUCAUAUAUAUCAGUUUGUCAGCUGACUCAGGCACUUAUCCUAAAGACUAACUCUUUUUGUUAGUUUUCAAAAAUCGGCGUCAUUUACAAUUUUGUAGAAUUACUGCAGAAACCUUUCUAAUUAAGAUGUUGGGAUAUUUGGGGUUCCAAUCAUUAAUCCCAGAGGAAAGUAAUUUAGUUGGUAUUUUAAAAUCUUUUUUAACCUUUUGAUUAUAUCAGGUAGAAUUCUGAUGUAUUAUCAUAAUUAACUAGAUAUGUUUCAGAAUGAAUUUUUUUCCUUCAGAAUGACUCAGAAUCAGAUGCUACAAGAGAUCCUAAGAGCAGUGUGAAAUUUACACAAAGAUAAAUUUGGAUGUCAUAGCCAAGUUUAUAUUAAAUCAAGAGGCCCUUUCCAAUAUAAAUUUUUUUACCUUGUAUAACUUAAUAAAUCCCUAUAAGAUUAUUAUGUGCUGGGGCUUAAGUUGUUCCUGUUGAUAAUGAUGGAGCCCACACAGUCACCGUCCACUGUCAUGACUCAUAAGCCAGACUGUCUGCUCUUGCCAUGGACAAUAUAGUUGAAAGAUUUCCAGAAUAGUGAUCUAUCACAACUUUGGUCAGUUCUCCCUUUUUCUUGUGCUCUGUGAAGUGAAAGCAGAAGGACUCCUUCAGACUGCCCUGCGUAACCUGUGUUGCAGCUCUCAGAAUUGUGAAAGGUUGUAACUGAUACUCCAAAACAGGCAGCUAGUACUGGGAAAGCCCGUGUGGUUUUCCCCUACUAUUUUCCAAGGUUCUUCUUUUCUAUGGGAUUGCUUUAUUAUCAAAUAAAUUAAGAAAGCAGAUCUUGCACUUUAGCAGACAAGAACCACACCUGUUUCUUAAACAGGUUAACAGGUACAUUGGGCUUCAGGAGUGACACAGAGUUCUAGCCCCAGACUAUGUAAGGACUCUGUUUAAACACUGAGCAGACGUCCUCUUUGUACCCCCUACUCCAUGCCAGCAUUAGUUAGGGCUGGCUGUGAACUCUGAGCCAGUCACUCCUGCAGGCUGCUAGGGAUGGGACUUCUCAUCCUGCCCUCUUGCACAUCCCAGUUUAGUCCUCCCCUUCAUAGAAGCCUCUUUGACACCCCUGACUUACUGAUGGUUUCUGUUUUACAGAGUAGAAUUCAUCAGGUUUGAGUCCUCCUGCUCUAACUGCAGAUUGACAUAUGGAUAAUCAGUCCAGAUCCUCACUGCAUAUAUGGCUCCUUGAGGGUCUGGCUUGAGAGAGACUUUACAGGGACCAGUGUGUGUGAAAAGGGCACAGCCAUUAGCGAAGUGCCAGGAGUUGGACAGUGUUCCAGUUCUCUUUGCAGCAUAGGGAAUCGAAGGUGGCAGACCAAGUUCGACUCGGUUCUCUGGUGUCCACAUUGUGAUGAGCAAGCCCUGCAUGGAUAGUUGAGCCUCACAGGGAGGAGCAGGUGUUGGGAAGAGGUCUUUCUGAUAGUUGUUUUAUGUUGUUCUCUUCUGUGGGUUAGAGCUUCACACUCUCUUUUCUGGCUUUGCUAUUGAUUUCACAUGGUGGAGAACGUUCCUGAGGGCCUUGAGGUCCAACCUGCAGUAUUAUUCUUCCUUCUGCCCCCGGUUUUCACACCCACUCUUUUCUUUCAGUUGUAUUCUCUGAAGAAAGAGUUUGUGCACUCUUCCUCUUAGUCAAUAGUCCUUACAUAUAAUUGUGUUACAUAUAAUUGCAAUAGAUUCUCAGAAAUCAGGAUGGAGCUUUUCUUUGAACAGUUUAGUGAGCAAAUUCAGCAGCAAAGUGGCAAGAAAUGAUUCUCCAGCCAGGAGAGGUCACGUUCAUCCCUUUAUUGCACAGCUUCUCCAGUCACAAUGAUAGUCAGUGAGAGGUGCCGCUGGCACCCAGCAGCCCCUGGACACAUAGCAUAUCCAUGUUGUGUCACAGCGUACAAUCUCUCUCAUUUAGUAAAAUUGAAAGAGCAUUUUUGCACAGAGGAAAAAGAAAAAGACUCAUGAAUGUCAUCUUUUAUCUUCUGUUUUCAGUUGGCUGAUGUUGGAAUUUUGUUCUUGACAUGCACUUGUAAACCAGUCUUGCCAAGAUACAAGUUGUUUUGGUUUUUCACUAUGAUUACCUCUUGUUCCUCCUGUCUUGACUGCUGAUGUUCCUCAAUGAUUCUAACGUCUAUUUUAUGGGAAGCAGCCUUCCCAUGGGUUUCCUUUUACACACUGUAGGGCUAUCUUUAUACUUAAAAAAAAAAAAAAGGAGAAAACUGUCACUAGACUCAUGGGGGAUUUGCAGAAAACCAUUUAGCCCACCUUGAGCAGAAGGUAGAUUCCUCAUUGUUUUCUUAAGCUCAUUGUAAUAAAAGAAAUCUAAUUCAGCAUCAUUGUGCUACCUCAAAGGUAAAAAUGUUUUAUGGUCUUUUUUUGGUUCUGAAUUCUACAUGUAGUGUUUGAAAUGUCUUUCAAUUGGAAUUAUUUUUAAAUCAUUAGGGAGAAUCUUAUUUUAACCUGUUUUACAUUGUAUUUUAAUCUCAGAAGAAUAAGUGAUUAGAAAGUGAUCAAUUCUUGCUCUGUAGUAUUGACCAUAUAACUAAAUCAUUGUUUGCCAUAAACAAGGUUGGGUUUUUUAAAAGGAAACUCUAGGGCUUGGCUUUGCUCUUGGUUAAUAAAGGCUGACAAAUCAUGUCUGAAACUAC